AUGCCCGUCACCGACUCGGCUUCCGCCUCGGCCAAGGGACAAGAUGCCCUCGUCUGGAUCGACUGCGAGAUGACCGGCCUCGAUCCGGACAAGGAAGAGAUCAUCGAGAUAUACUGCCUCAUCACUGACGGCCAACUCAAUCUCAUCGACUCCUCCGGCUGGGGCACCGUCGUGCACCAGACCAAGGAGCGUAUGGACCAGAUGGAUGAGUGGUGCACUCGAACUCACGGAGAAAGUGGAUUGACCGCCGCCGUCAUCGCUUCGACCGUGACCGCAGAGGAAGCAGCCUCAGGCCUGCUAGCCUACAUACAAAAACACGUCCCCGUCAAGGGCACCGCUCUUUUGGCCGGAAACAGUGUGCACGCGGACCGAGCCUUUCUCCGGAAAGAGCCCUACAAGAAGGUUCUUGAUCACCUGCACUACCGUAUUCUAGAUAUCAGUAGCCUGAAGGAGGCCGCACGUCGGUGGUGCCCUGAGGUUGCCUCCGCCGCGCCUCGCAAGAAAUGCCUACACAAAGCCAAGGAUGAUAUACUCGAGAGCAUUGACGAGGCAAGAUACUACAGGGCGGCCAUUUUCCUGCCUGCCAGGAGUUGA